AUGGUUCAUGAACGCAUUCCGGCAGAGGCCGCCGACGUUUCUAUCCUUGGUACACCUCUUACGUUUCCUAACUAUCGCAAAGCAAAAAAUCGUUUUCUCAAGGCCGCUCUUACUGAACGAAUGAGCACCUGGGACCCAGAAGAUCUGUCUAAGCGAGGCAUCCCAACGCAAGAGCUAAUCAACGUCUUUGACAAAUGGGGAGAGGGCGGCUUUGGCGUAAUACUUACAGGAAACGUUAUCGUUGAGCCGCGCAACUUGGAGGGCGCUGGUAAUCCAAUAAUAUGCAGGGAAAAUGAUUCUCCAGAGAUGCGGAAAGCAUUUUCGGAGCUGGCAAAGGUUUCGAAGCGUGACGGAGCACUCGUUCUUGUUCAACUCUCACACGCUGGACGUCAAACUCCGAUCGGUGUUAACGAGUAUCCUUAUUCAUCUUCGGACGUGAAACUGAAUAGCACCUUCGUAAAGAGCGGAAAGCCAAUACCCCUUGCACUCGAUCAGAUCAAAACAGAAGUGAUCGAUAGAUUCGUAUACGCUGCAAAACUGGCGUACGAGACAGGAUUCGAUGGAGUGCAACUUCACGCUGCUCACGGCUACCUUUUAUCCCAAUUCCUUUCUCCUUCUGCUAAUAAACGGAAGGAUCGUUACGGUGGAUCAUUGGAAAACAGAGUCCGCAUUAUUAUAGAGAUAUUCGAUGCAAUCAGGAAGGAGAUUCCAGCGGCCACAGGAUUUAUCGUAGGCAUAAAGAUUAACUCUGUUGAGUUUCAAUCCGAAGGUCUGACAGUUGAGGACUCCAGAGAAGCUUGCUCAAUUAUAGAGAAGUGCGGUUUCGACUUCGUAGAACUCUCAGGUGGAACUGCGGAGAAGUUCUUAUGGCAACAUGAACGAGAAUCCACUCGGAUUCGUGAAGGAUACUUCCUCGAGUUUGCGGAAAAGAUACGUCCCGUAUUCAAAGAAGCUGUUGUCUACCUGACGGGCGGAUUUCGCACCGCUGCUGGUAUGGUAAGAGCAAUUAAAAGCGGGGCUACUGAUGGAAUUGGACUAGGAAGACCAAUUACAGCAGAGCCGGAUCUUCCAUUGAAAAUCCUCAAACAACACUGCUUGUCUGCGCCGGACACGAAAAUCAACCCUGACGACUUCAUGAUGACAUUUUUGGUGAGCACUGCACAAAUGGGAGAAAUGGCUAAAUUACCUGCCUCUUUUCUGAAGAAUGUAUGCGAAGGAAUCGCAGAUUUAAGCAUUCCCGCAGAGGCGGAAAACUUUGAAAAGUGUGUGGAACCAUAUGUUUUGGAAGUGCUGAAACUCACUGAAGAAAAGAAGCCAGUUCACGGAGUUUUCCAAUACAAAAAAUUGUUUGAUUAG